AUGGAGGAUCCGGGAAGCUUUACUAUUGAGUGCACUAUCGGAGACUAUUUUGUGGAGAAUGCCUUAUGCGACCUUGGGGCAAACAUUAACCUCAUGCCCUUGUCCUUCUAUAACAAGAUGAAGAUUAGCCAGAUGAAACCCAUAUCCAUCACGUUGCAGAUGGCUGACAGAUCGGUGUCCCAUCCAGUGGGUGUUGUGGAGGACAUUUUGGUGAGAGUGAAUGAGUUCGUCUUCCCAGCUGACUUCGUGAUAUUGGACAUGGAGGAAGACAAGAAGGUGCCUCUCAUUCUAGGAAGACCUUUCCUAGCCACAGGGAAGGCCUUGAUCGAUGUUGACAAUGGAAAGCUCACUUUUCGCUUCAAUGGAGAGAGUGUGACUUUCUCCAUCUAUGAAGCCUUGAAGAGGCACGAUGUGGAACCUGGAGGAAGCCUACAGCACUGCAAUGUAUUGACUAUAGUGGACGAGUGUGUCAGAAAGAUGACCUACACCAACUCACAAGAAGAUCAAUUAGAGGGGUGUAUCGUUAACUCUAUUCAUUCUUCUCAUAUUAUUGAUAUUAUGGACGCUAAUCAUGAGUUAAUUGAGUUUGUAGGUGCUCUAGAUUCAGCGAAUGAGAUCCCCAGAUCACACCGUCAACAAUUCCUACCUCUUAGGAAUGAAGAAGACGGCAAUGAUGAAGAAAAGAACAAGAAAGUGGAACUGAAGCCUUUUCCAUCACAUUUGCAGUACGCAUUCUUAGGAGAAGAUGACACCCUGCCGGAUCACCAUAAACCUAAGGCCCAAAACCAAAGGCGGCUUAAUCCUAUUAUGCAAAAUGUGGUAAGGAAGGAGGUGAUAAAAUUGUUAGAUGACGACAUCAUAUACGCCAUUUCUGAUAGUGAGUGGGUGAGCCCCACCAAAGUAGCAGCCAAGAAGGGAGUGUUUAUGGAUGACUUUUCUGUAUUUGGUGAUUCGUUUGAUAACUGCCUUGACAAUUUAUCUCAAGUGUUGCAGCGAUGUGAGGAGACUAACCUCGUGCUCAAUUGGGAGAAAUGCCAUUUUAUGGUUAGGGAUGGCAUUGUGCUUGGGCACAAAAUUUUUGCAAGUGGCUUGGAGGUCGAUAGAGCCAAAAUCGUUGCAAUUGAGCAGCUGCCUCCACCCACAAAUGAGAAGGCAGCUUUUGAGAAGCUGAAGGAGGCAUUGGUGAGCGCUCCUAUCCUUAUCUCGCCGGAUUGGUCUCAACCUUUCGAGAUCAUGUGCGAUGCGAGCGACGUGGCGGUAGGCUCGGCUUUGGGACAAAAGAGGGAUAAGAUAUUCCGGGUGAUCUACUAUGCAAGUCGAACUUUGGACCCUGCCCAAGUCAACUACACUACCACCGAGAAGGAGAUGCUAGCAGUGCAAGACGCGAUGCCAAGGCUUAUUAGGUGGAUCUUGCUCCUACAGGAGUUUGACUCGGAGAUCCGAGACCGAAGAGGAUGUGAAAAUGUGGUGGCAGACCACUUGUCAAGGAUGGAGCAUAUGAAUGAAGAGGAGAAGUUGAAGUUAGCCAUCAACGAAGAGUUUCCGGACGAGCAUUUAUUCUUCGUGGCUUAG